CAGCUGUCAAACUGUCAAAAAUAUUGUUGUCUUGUUGGAAUUAGGUGCUGAGUUGCCGAGUUCCAUGUGUAAACUUAUCGAAGAAAUAUAAUUUUAGGAAAUAAUCAAUUAAUAAUAAGAAAGAAAGAGCCUUAGGUUUAUUAAUUUUAUUUAGUUUAUACGUAAAAUGAGAGCAUUGGUGUUAGCAUUUCUUUGUUUGGGAAGUUCGUACAGUUGUUUUGGCGAAGAUGUCAAAACAGUUUCAUACAAAAUGCCGACUGUAGGAAUAUCCGUGCUUGUUCGUAAUAAAGCACAUACAUUACCCUUCUUUUUAAGUUGCAUACGUAACUUAAACUAUCCUAAGAACCGAAUAUAUUUAUGGAUUUAUAGUGAUUUUAAUGAAGAUAAAAGUAUUGAAAUCCUUGAAAAAUGGGUGGACAAGUAUGCAUCUCUAUACAAUGGUGUGUAUUUAACUACAAACAGUUCAAGUGGACGCCUCCAUAGGGACGAAAAAAGCUCAAUUCAUUGGAGCUCAGAUCACUUCAAGCAUGUGAUAUCAUUAAGAGAGAAAGCACUGAAUUUUGCUAGAAAAAUGUGGGCAGAUUAUCUCUUUAUGAUAGAUGCUGAUGUAUUCCUUACAAAUCCAUCUACAUUAAGCGAACUUGUAUCCAAAGACCUUCCUAUCACAGCACCAAUGCUUGUAUCUGAUGGACUUUACUCAAAUUUCUGGUGCGGGAUGACUGACAACUACUAUUACCAAAGAACGGAUGACUACAAGCCCAUACAGAGAAUGGAGAAGCAAGGUUGCUAUGAGGUUCCCAUGGUUCACACUGCUGUUUUAGUCCAAUUGAGGACUAGAGUUUCUGAUCAACUAACAUAUAAUCCAAAUAAGAUACCUAAUUAUGAUGGGCCUGAAGAUGAUAUAAUAGCAUUCGCAGUGAAUGCUAAGAAAAAUGGUAUAACAUUGCACAUAUGCAAUGAUGAUUUGUAUGGAUUUGUACCAGUACCAUUAGAGGACAAUCAUGACCCAAAGAGUGAUUUAGAGCAACUGUUGAAUAUAAAAACGGAGGCAAUUGGACGUGGGAGUCCAUUGCCUUUAGACCCAUUCCUACAGGACUAUGUUAAAUAUCCUGAGCUUUGGAAGUUUGGCUGCAAUGAAAUCUACAUGAUAAACCUAGAGAGACGCACAGAGAGAAGGGAAUUAAUGGAAUUAAGUUUCAAAGAAUUGGGCAUGGAUGUCAAGCAUGUUAAGGCAGUUGAUGGCAGGCAAUUGGACAUGAACAACCUGAAGGAGUUGGGUGUAACAUUGAUGCCUAAUUACGAAGAUCCUUAUCACAAAAGGCCUAUGAAGGCAGGCGAAAUAGGAUGCUUUCUCAGCCAUUAUUACAUAUGGGAAGAGAUCGCGGAGAAGCGCCACAGCAUCGCUUUAGUACUGGAGGACGAUAUACACUUCGUACCUUACUUCCGAAACAGAUUCCUUCGCCUACUGCGAGAAAUCGAACCACUUGACUGGGACUUGGUGUACAUUGGUCGUAAGAUCCUGCAGGACGAUGAAGAACAGUACGUGACGCAGCACACAACAAGGCCGCUAUACUCGUACUGGACGCUCGGGUACUUGCUCAGCGACCGAGGCGCCCGCAAGCUUCUCAGCGCUCGCCCACUCGACCGCAUGCUACCCGUCGACGAGUUCCUGCCCAUCAUGUUCGACCAGCACCCCAAUGCGACGUGGAAAGCUCACUUCCCGAAACGCAACCUCGACGCUUACUCGGCGGCGCCCCUACUCGUGCACCCGACCCACUACACGGGACAGGAAGGCUACAUCAGCGACACCGAAGACUCGGACCUCGUCACCGAAAUAACAUUCCAACAUUACAAAAACGAACUGUAAUCACGAAGUAUGUCGCUGCCAUUUUGUAAGUCAAUUUUUCACUACGAAAUAUGUAGUUUACCAAAGAUAGUGUUUUAUUGUAGUCAUUUUAAUAAUAUGUUAGUAAAUAAUUCUAUCCCUUGCUGUUACAAGCAAUGAUGGACGUGGACACAGUUGAACUUUUACUUCUCAAGCUAUCAAAUGUAAUUUUUUUUAAUUCGAAUUUGUCCUUCAAUAAAUUCUGAGCUUGGUUAUUAUAUUGACAUAAACGACGCCUAAGAGAAGAAAGUUUAAAAUAAUAUAGAUAUAUUCAACGAGAAACAUUACCUUUUCCGGCGAUAUGUUGAUGCAAUGUUUCUUAUACACUUUCACAUUAUAAUCGCAUAAUAUGUAGAUGUAUUAAUGCGUUGCGCGUGGCCAGCUUGCACGCGUGAGAUGCUAUCAUACUGGAGUGCGGACGGACGCUCAUUAACGUGGAAAGUGCCCCCGUCACGGCUUGAUAUUGUACGAUUGACUCUUACUAUAUACAUUAUCGAAGCCAUUUCAUGUAUACAUGUACCGCUGUACCUUACACAUUCAAUCUAAUGCUAGAUUUCUAGCAUUUCAUCAGAUUUAGUUCUAACACAUUUCACUGUUAAUUAACUAUAUUCUGUGUCUAUGUGUGAAACUACUUCUCUGUCAUCAUCAUAAGCCUGAUCUCGUCUACUCCUGGACAUAGGUAUACUUACCCAAUAACACGCCUCUGAGCUCGAUGUUCAGGUCUUCUCAUCCAACCCCUGCCAGCCACUCUGCGGGUAUCGUCAGUCCCCCUAGCUGGAGGGGAGGGCCCUACACUACGUUUGCCUCUGUGUAAACAUUUAUUGUACUUGGGUUACAAUUACAACAGAUUUCUUGACCUAAGUGACCUAGUCUUCAAUUUGCCAAUUGAUGGUUUAUAAAGAAUAUAGACUUGCUAAACAAAAUGUGUAUACAAGAACAGGUGACCUGUAAGGCUAUUAGAAUGAUUGGCUAAAGUCUAGCUCUAGGUCUAGACUAUAAACAUUUAAAUAAUCCAUUGUCACUUUGGCACUGUUCCUGUGUCUACGAGUCUGGGUUUGCUUGAUUUUUUUGGCAGCGUUUAAUUGCAAUUUGACAUCGCCACAAUAUUUGACUACUAUAUAUCAAUCUACAUAUCUAAAUUUAUAUUCGACUAUUUUAGAUUUAGAUUCUACUUAUAUAAAAUAUGUACCUAACUGACGUUGAUCGAUUGUUUAAUUAAGCUAACACAAUAUUUAUAAAUAGUUUAAUUACAUUGCAGUAUACAAUUAUUGUACUGUGUUUGAUUACACAUUCAUUAAUUAUUGUGGUUUGUGAUAUCUUCUUGUAAUAAUAAAAAUGUAAUACUAAUAAGUUUGUUCAUUGGUAAUAUUUUUAUUGUAAUUCCAUUUAAUGUUAUUGAGUCUUUAAAUGCAUCUAUUUUAUUUUAUUAUAAGUUUAAGUUUAGUGCCA